AUGUACUUUAUGGUCUACGUUGAUGAUCUCUUACUUACUGGUAAUGAUUCUAUGGCCCUGGCUGCUUUUCAAGAAGCGCUCUCUGAUCGGUUUUCCCUCAAGUCCCUUAGCUCGGUUCAUUAUUUCUUGGGUAUUGAAGUCAUUCCCACUCCCACUGGCUACAUUUUGUCUCAACAAAAAUACAUGGAGGAUGUGCUUCAUCGCUUCUCCAUGAACGAUGCUAAUCCAGCUACCACUCCUUUGGCGUCUUCGGUCUCGCUUUCUCUUCACGAUGGGAGCUCUCCCACUGAUGCUACUCGGUAUCGCCAGGUGUUGUGCGCUCUUCAGUACUUGACUUAUACUCGUCCCGACAUUGCCUUCGAUGUCAAUAAACUCUCCCAGUUUAUGCAUGCGCCUUCCUCCAAUCAUUGGCAAAGUGUUAAACGAUUACUGCGUUAUGUCUCUGGGACGCUCUCUCAUGGUCUAGCUGUUUGUCACUCUUCUGCAGGGACGAAGUCUGCUUCUAUCUAG